UGUUGUGUUGUGUAGUUGAUAACAAACGCGAGACACUUCCCCAAGAAAAAGCCAACCCCUUUACAAGCGGCGAAGAAGAGAAAGCAAAGCCAACAAACAAAACACUAAGAACGAAGGAACGAAAGAGCAGAAUAAGGUGUCUCUCCCUUCCCUUGGACUCAUUCGUUUCAAUCGCAUCUCUCCCCUCUUAAAUCUCUCUCCCUCUCUCUAUCUAUCUAUCUAUAUCAAGAGAUAUAUAUAUAUUCACAACGACAAAACACAAGCAAGCAAGGAAGGAAACCAGAGAAGGAAAAGAAAAGGCAGGGCAUUUGAAUGGAAAAAAGUUAGGUGAAGAAUACAGAGGAUGAUGAUGAUGAUGAUGACGACGACGACGACAAGGAAGACUAGUAUUUCUUGAACAACAGCAAGGGCUUAUGGUUCAUGCUUCUUUUGUGUUAGGCCUUCACAUUGCUCCAUACUCUCCCCUUUUUUUGCUUUUCUUUGGCACAUACACAACCUCCCUGUUAAGGCAGUUGAUUAGUCCCUUCGACGUCUAUUUUUUUAUUAAUUCCUCGCAUCUCCAUUAAUGGCCGUUCAAGCUCAAUACCCAUCAAACGUCCUUCUCUUAAACAGAAACGGACAAGAACCGAAUGAUUAUUCAUUGCAACCGCAGGCAGGAGGAUUUCUUGAUCAAUCUCACCCGUUUUUCAACAACGGAGCAACGAAUCCACGCAAAAGAGGAAGAGAAGUAGAAACACCCAGUACUGGCAUCGCCACACCAAUCAACACAUACACUAUGCAACAGCAAACCCAACCUCUUCGGUUAAUCGACCUCUCACAGCUUCACAAUCACCCACAACAAAAUGUUGUCUCCACUGGCCUCCGCUUAUCGUUUGGUGAUCAACAACAGCAACAGCUACAACAAAAUCACCAUUACCAACAGCAGCAGCAGCAGAAUUUUGCAUGUCAAUCGCCAGGCGGCAGCUUAUUGUCUUCAGUAUCUGAAGAUUUGGCAAUGCAACUCAAACGACAGAGAGACGAAAUAGAUCAAUUCCUGCAAGCCCAGGGAGAGCAACUGAGGCUCACAUUAGCUGAGAAACGGCAGAGGCACUACCAUGCGCUGCUGGGCGCGGCAGAGGAAUCCAUAACCAGGAGACUGAGAGAGAAGGAGGCCGAAGUGGAGAAGGCCACGCGCAGGAACGCCGAGUUGGAGGGACGGGCAACGCAACUUAGCGUUGAGGCUCAGGUUUGGCAGGCAAAGGCCAGGGCACAGGAGGCCACGGCGGCAUCUUUGCAGGCGCAGCUUCAGCAAGCUAUAAUGAACGGGGGCGUCGCGCAGGAUAGCAAGAGAGGGGAGGACGGGACAGGAGGCGCUGGGGGCUUGGAGGGCCAGGCUGAAGACGCCGAGUCGGCUUACAUUGACCCGGAACGAGUCACCGUGUCCGGUCCGAGUUGCAAGGCGUGCCGAAAACGAAUCGCGUCGAUAGUGCUGUUGCCGUGUCGGCACCUUUGUCUCUGCACAGAAUGUGACAAAGUGGCACAUGCUUGCCCACUUUGCCUCUCCGUGAGAAAUUCCAGUGUUGAAGUGUUUCUGUCUUAAGGCCCAAGCCCAAUGCAGGGGAGCCCAAGGCCCAGAAGGGCCACCAAUGACUAAGCAAUGGUAAAAAGAAAAGUAUAUAUUAAAUAAUGAUGUUUAAAAUAAAAAUGUUCAUUUUAAUUUUUGGUGCUUAUCAUAGUGGGUGAAGAUGUUCUUUAGUAGCCCAACAAUGAGACUUUUUUUUUGGAUCCCCUCUUGGAGUGAAGUAAAGUAGAGGUAAUGUACAUGGCCAAAUGGAUAGAGGCAAUUUCUUUUCUUUGUUUUGUGAUGAAAUUUAAGUCAAUAUAUAUAUAUAUAUAUAUAAAUUCUUUUAUUUUAUGAA